GAAUGCAGAAAUGGAAACUGGAAAAUGCAGAAAAGUGGCCGAUCGUUUUGCAUUUCAACUCAGUUCUGAGCUAAGUCGCAACAGAAACGUAUAAAUGCUAUACUUUGCUUCAAAAUUAUUGGAAAUCAUUUAAAAAUGUCUCUUAUUGCGAAGAGACCACUUACGGAACCUUCUCAAACAAUUCAGGAAUCAGCUUCGCAGAUUUUGGGGUCAUCCUGCAGCAGCAGCACAACUGCUCGGAUCUACAAGCGAAUCCGCCUUACCGCCCGGAAGAUAGUUGGCAUACCAACAUCGAUCCUUGCCUACGUUAACCUGCUCGAAGACACAACCAACAGCAAUGAUGCCCUGCAAGUGCUGAUCAAAAUAUCCGAAUCGAUGCUUUUUGACGAAAGCGAGUUCCCGGAGGCGGUUCGUAAGUUGGUAGAACACUUCCGACGGGAACCGGAGUCUGCGGUAAGGGUGAAAGUUUUGUCGCUCUUUGGCGACUUGGCAUCCGAGACGGGAAUCGACUGCCCCCAAUUGAUUGAUGAUGUGAUUGCCCUUUUAAAAGGGGAGACUUCUGCGAAAGUGAUUUCCCAGGGUUUACAGGGACUGGAGAGAAUCGGAAAGGCUUGCAAUCCGACAGUGGCGUAUGUGAAUAAGAUGGUGUUCUUCGCCAAGAGCAAGUUGUUUUCGCCUAGUUUCAACGUCCAGCGUCAUGCCAUUUUGCUUCUCGGAGGAUUUGUGCUGGUUUCCGAUGCCGAGAAGGAGAGUCUGGAGUUGAUUGGAAAGUAUACGGAUUCACCGGAUGCACGAGUGAGAGCGCAGGCAUUUAGGUCAAUGAUGACGCUCGGGGAGAGAGGCGUUGUCCUGCCUUCGUCGCUUUACUCGAGAGCAUGCAGUUCCUUGACGGAUGAUUACGAAUGCGUUCGAAAAGAAGCGCUGCAGAUGGUUUACGAAUUGGGAGUGCGUCAUCCGGAGCAUAGUAUUAAAAUUGCGGAGUCGGAGCAGGAGAUCAGAUUGAUAGACGAUGCGUUUGGAAAGGUAUGCAACGCUAUUUGUGAUUUGUCGAUGAAUGUUCGGACACAAGCAGCAGACCUCCUAGGCGGAAUGACAAUGGUGAGCGACGAGUUCCUUCAUCAGACAUUGGAUAAGAAGCUAAUGAGUAACAUGCGCAGGAAGAAAAGUCUACACGAGAGAAAUGCGGAGCACUUUACCAGUGGAGAAUGGUCCAGCGGGAAAAAAUGGGCAGAUGAUGCUCCUAAAGAAAUGGUGAAUGCGGAUUCAGUUUCGCUGAUGGCAUCGGGAGCAUGCGGUGCGCUUGUUCAGGGAUUAGAGGAUGAAUUCCUAGAAGUAAGAACGGCUUCUGUCAAUUCGAUGUGUAAGCUGGCUUUGAGGAAUCCUCCUUUUGCGGUAACUUCACUGGAUUUCUUGGUAGAUAUGUUCAACGACGAAAUAGAAGAGGUUCGCCUGAGGGCGAUCUACAGUUUGACGGCUAUCUCAAAGCACAUUAUACUACGAGAGGACCAACUGGAAACCAUGUUAAGUUCUUUGGAAGACUACUCGGUAGAAGUAAGAGAAGGACUUCAUCUUAUGUUGGGUGCGUGUGAAGUUUCUACCAAAGCCUGUUUGGCUUUGGUAGUUCAGAAGGUGCUCGAUGUCCUUCUCAAAUAUCCCGAAGAUCGGCUUUCUACUUUUGGAUGUAUGCAGCGGGUCGGUCAAAAACAUCCUGAGAUCUGCAUGUCGCUUACUCCACAAUUACUUCAGGACCACCCUUUCUUCGAUAGCGCAGAACGAGACGUGGAAGAUCCUUCAUAUGUUUGCAUUUUGAUUAUGUUGUUCAAUGCAGCUCAAUAUCUCCCACCAAUGCUAAGUCUUUUCCCAGAGACGAUAAUCAAGCACUAUGCCUAUCUGCGGGACACAAUGCCGAAUUUCGUACCCCAUCUCAAUCUCGGUGGACAAUCCACCGAACUUACGUUAACCGGAUCCACUGGUUCACGACAAUUCUUGGAAACUCUUUUGAAUAACAUCCAAUUGGCCUAUUCUGCUCCGCAAGCACGCCAAGCCUUAUUGAAGACGGCUCAAGAAGCUCUUGAUCGCCUAGCGGAAAUUGACCCAUCUUUCUCUGGAACAGCUAAUUUUACCGCCGUAUUUCUCGGAACGCAACUUUUGAUGGAACAGCUUCAAGUCGCAACCACCGGCCAACCUACGAAGGCACCUCUUAAAGACUGUCUUGGUCAGUUAAUUCGCAGAUGUCUAAAAUUACAAAACCUUUUUUCUAGUCUUACAUUAGAAGACGAAUUGCUAGUGAAGCAGAUGUGCCUGCGGGCAAGUGCCCUAAAUUUGGUUUUGGUGGUCAAGGAUCGAUCGCAAAGUGCGCUGGCACCUUGCCAACUGCUACUGCAUAUUGCGGCCGAUGCUAGCAAUUUCUUGCAAGAGAACGGUUCCAUCUCGGCGGAUUCUUUUACCAGUUCUAUAUUAACUAAACUAGCCUCCAUCGGUGACCCUCGCCCAGGUCGGGUUUUCCGCGAAAUUCUUCCCGUAGUGCAAGCUGCUCCCCCGGUUGUGAUUCCCAGAAUCAAUACCAACAUCAAGAUGUGCAAAUCACGCAUCCUGGAACCGUCGGAGUCGUCUUUCAACUCGGACAAUGUAAUCAAAGUAACGGCUGGAUUGAUUGCAGCUGUGCCGUUGGUCGCCGAAGUGGAGAACCUGCUGGAAAGUCAACGACAAGAUAUCCGAUUGAAGAUCAAAUAUCCGGAUCAGAACGUGCACGUUAUUGUGCCGCGAAAGAAGGACCUUAAGAAGAUCAUGACCGAGCAGGGCGAAAGUCAGUCGCAUUGGCGUCUGCGGACGACUGUGUUGCUGUCCCAUGGGGUGUGGACUGAGGCAUCUCCGGUGGAUAUAAGCAUUUGUUUGUCGGUGCGACCGGGGAGCGAACUGGAAUUGUGCAAACCGGUUAAGGUGCACUUUUCGCCCAAGCCGGUGAAGCGAGGGAUUUGAGGAGGAUGUAAUUGACUUGAAGUAGGUGCUCUAAUGCGCAAUAGAAUUCUGUUAUAAAAUUUGUA